CGGUUGAUUAUUUUUCGUGUGUUCAUCGCGCUGCUGCAACGUAAACUUCUUACAAGGCGUUUAUAAACGCUUUGAUUUAUUUGACGUAUACAGUGUGUUUUCUUCGAACGAAUUUUGAAAAAAAAUGGUUGAGACGGCUUCGAAGAAAGAUCAAAAAGAAAACGGGGUGACGGAAAUCAGAGUAACAAACAAAUGGGAUGGAUCGGCUGUCAAAAAUGCGCUCGACGAUGCUGUCAAAGAAGUAUUAUUGAGGAAAUACGAUUAUGAAGAAAAUUUUUCCCUCCUCGACGGUCGACUUGCCCUCUGUGGCAUUGCUGUUGGAGUAGCAGCUGUCGCACUUCUGUGGGAUUAUUUUUAUCCGUUUCCCACUUCCAAGCCGGUCCUUGUUGCUUGUGUAUCUAUUUAUUUUGUUGUUAUGGGCCUUCUAACACUCUACACUACGUACAAGGAAAAAGGCAUUUUUGUCGUUGCUGUUCAAAGGGAUCCAGCAGGAUUUGACCCGGAUUCAGUUUGCGAGGCGAGUUCGUACUUGAAAAAGUAUGACGACAAUUACAAUCUGGUGUUAUCGUUGAAGAGCGAAGGAACGGGAAUGAUGAACGAGUCUUCGGUCGUAAAAUCGGUAGCAAAUUUUAUCGACGUCAAUGGCGUAAUUAAUCUCGACGCAGUAGAGUCGGUGGUUACAAAUUUGCAUGACAGUCUGACGUCCCAGCGCAAAGACAAAUAAAAGAAUUGUCAUUUCAUUAUUAUUUGAAGAUAAAUAAAAUAGACGUUUUUUACGUUUAAGCGAUUUUAUGAAAAA